UAGCUCCAAUUCUAAAUCUCCAAGAAAGAAGCACUUCAUUGAACCGCAGUGUCUGAGAAGAAGCCCCAGGAAGCGGAAAAACAGUACUCACUCCUUGGAUCUUUAUGAAGACUUCCUAGUCACAAAAAAUGAAGAGAAGAAAGAGAAAGCUUUGUCUGCCAAGCAGUCAGAGAUUGCAGCUAUUCAAGCAAAGUUAGCUGAAAUGGAAACAACAAGAUGUAAGCAUUAGAUGAAGACAACAAAACUCUUCUCACGAACAUGUCAUCUCUGUGGAAGACUGCUAUGGCACAGAUUCAGGAAAAAUGUAAUAAAAUUCAUCAGCUGGAGAGAGAGCGAGAGAGUAUUAUAUUUCGACGAGCCAUGCGCCAAGUUCCUCAUGACGAACUGGAUAGGGUUGUGUCUCGAAUAGCAGCCUAUAAUAACGAGGAGUUUACUUUGUUUAUGGAGAGCUUGAAGAAGGAAAACCAAGACUGCAAUUGUGGAGCCAAAGGGAAGGAACCUAUGCAGUCAAAAAUGACAGUGAAGAAAAUUAAAGCUUCUGUUGUGGGCAAUAAAAUUACUGAUCUUACCGAAAGUCAAGCCUAUUUACUGCAGUUAUCUCUUGGGAAGCAAGGUAAAAAAAUUUCCACUUCUAUGAACACUAACUUGAGCAGAACACCUAAAAGCCUUAAAAGUUACCAGGGAAAAGAAGAAAAUUGUUUAAGGUAUAUAUCAAAUAAAAAUUAUCAUAGUAAAGAUAAAUUUAAAAAGAAACUUUGUAGAAAAUCUUUAGGGAAGUUUUCAGACAAUGUAAAAAGCCCUCGUAAUAAUAGAGAAAGCAAGGCAGAUAAUGAACAUUUGGAAAGAUAUUGCAGAGAAGGUACAGACAGGAGGAAAAACAGGACAGAUCAUGAACAUCCAGAAAGAUAUUCUAGGGAAGAUGCAGACAGCAGGAAAAACAGGGUAGAUUAUGAAAAUAUGGAAAGGUAUUCCAGAGAUGUUGAUAAAAGGAAAAGCAGAGGUAUAUCCACAAGGUCUGGGAGAAAUGAAGAACAUUCAAAUAAGAGCAUAUACAGCAAAAGUAAAAGUGAUCACCAUGAUAGACAAAGAAAAGAUGAAAGUGAUUUCUCUUCAAAUGUUAAAGAUACACCUAAAGACCUGCAACAAGGUGGCCAUUAUGAGCAUAGUAGUGUACUACCAAAAAAGAGUUUUUCUUUGACCAAAAGAGCUAAGGAUGAAAAAGAGCUUGCAGAAUGUGUGAAGAAAAGUCAUACAAGACAAUGUGAUCCUUAUGAAAAUGAAACUGACAUUAGUUUUAGAAGCCAUUGUGUAGGUGAGGGGAGUGAAGGCUCCACCAGAAAUAGCAGGCAAUUAGGAAAUCAAAGGGAGACUAAUGGCAGUGCUUCUGGUGGGAAUGAUAUUCGAGUUGCACAUCAAGAGGCUUUAGAAGCUUCUUUAGCAGAAUCUGCUGCUCUCUCCCAAACAUUAUUUGGGAGGAGAAUGUUAAAAAAGUUUGAAAUGGAGACAAAAGAAACAUCUGUUAUGCAUAAAGAAGUUUGUAAGGUAGAUUCUAUAGCAAGCAUCUCAGAAGAUAAAAACGGAUCAAAGUCAAAAGUGACAGUGAAGAAACAGGAUUCUAACCAGACAAAGUCACAUGAGAGAGAACUUAAGGGUCAUACACUUGUGGAAAAAUCACUGACUGCUGGUACAAUUAAUGUUCUGAAGGAAAAUCAAACUGAGAGUAGUUCACACAAAAUUGAUACAAGUUAUGCUGACAAAGAAGUUAAUUUCAGAGAAGACACUGAGGCAGAGAUGGUAAGUAAGUUUAGUGAAAUUAGUUGUAGUGCUGGCACAGAAAGAGUAAUUAGAAAAGAAUCAUCUUCUAAGAAGUGCCAUGAAAAUCGUGAUGAAUUUGGAAAAAAAGACAAUGCUGUUGCAAAUGAAAUUACAGGAGAAAAGAUGUUUGUCAAAGAAGUAGGAAUAUGUUCGAAGCAAGUAGAUUUUUGUAGUAAUGCAAAAAAUUUUAUACUAGAUGAUGUUCAUAAAGUUAACAAAAAGACACUAAGAAAUAGCAUACAUGAAUCUUGUAAAUUGAAUAACAAGGUAUUUGAUGAUGAGAUUACUGCGAAUGAAAAUGCAGUCAGGCUGUUAGACACUGUCUACUCAUCAGAGGAAAGAAUUGCAAGUUCUCCAGAAUUAUGUAAAAGCAGCAGCUGUACACAAGCCAAUUUAGGAACAGAUACAAUUAAACCAGGUGUAGUAGAAGAAUCAAGUAAAACAUGUGAAUUACAAACAUCCAAUUCAAACGAGGAGCAAAGAGAUAUAGUAGGAGACAAAGCUCUAACUUCUCAAAGUAACAGUGAUGAGAUGUCGCAAUUCACAGUUAAAGAGAUGGGAUGUGUCCAGAGGUCUUACAGUGAAUCAACUGCAAUCACAUUUGAUAACAACCAGCAUGUAGAAGAAUUGUUUGCUGAAGGUGAUCCUGACAGUAUAGGAAAUUUGAUACAAAAUAAUUCCGUUGUUCAUGAUGAGAGCAUGGAUGUAACUGAAGCUGAUGUUAACAAAACCACCAAUUUAAACUCUUCAAAAAAAGAUCCUCCAGAUAUUGAAGUAUUGUGUGAAGUUAUAGUAAAUAAGAAAACAUUGGCUAGAUUAUGGAAAAGUCAUAGGAAGACCAUAAAUCCAGUGGUAAUACCUCAAGAAAAUACUGACAGGUCAAGUAGAGAAAUGACGGUCUUUCAGAUUCAAGAGGAGGAAAAAACUCUUGAUCAGACAUUUAUGGAAACCAUUUUAGAUACAAUUCAAGUUAUAACUUGUGAUGAAGAUGCUUAUUCUGAUUGGGUAGAUGUUGAAACACUUUCAGAUGCAGAGACAUCAGAAUAUUCAGUCAGUAGAAGUACCAAAGCCAGUGGAAGUGACAAGAAUUUUGAUGGAAGUGGAGCCAUUGGAGAAAAAGAUACUGAAAAUCUGUAUAUGAAUGAUUAUAGCACAAAUGAAUAUGAGCAGACUGAUGGAAGAGGGAAAGUGGAUGAAGUAGAAAAAAAUAAUUCUGCAUUAGAAUGCCCCCAAGCAGUACAUCAAAGCUUUGUAGUCCAUGCUCAAAAGAAACUGAGUGCUCACAAAGAGACUAAUGGCAGCAUGGGUAGGGAUAUUAAUGAUCAAUUUUGUGAUGGUCCAGCCAGUAAACUGAGAGAUAGAAAAUUGGAGGCAAGAACUCUUGUAUUUCAGAAGGAAUUAAAUGGCACUGAAAAUGAGUGUAUAGGCAAACCUAAAGAGCACUGCAAUAUCCUUGAAACAUCUGUUUCUGGAGAAAUUAUUAAAGAACAUGUAAAACAUAAAAGUAAUAUAAAUGAACAAGCAGUUGCAUGUCAUUCUGAGGUACAACAAAUGGAGAAAGAAACUGGAGAUCAUGAGAGGCAAAAGUCUCUUGGUACUGCAAGUUCCAAAUUGACCUCUAAGGAAGUAUUUGAGGGACUUAUGGAAGAAUUGGAUGACAUUCAAGUAGGAAAUUUUAAGACACAGGAAGGAAGAGAAAGAAGAGCAUCCCUUGAUACUCAGAGUAGACCGAAAUCAUUUUCUCCUGUGUCUAAGACUGUAAUCACUACAGAUGUGGAAAGAACACACAGAAACAGUAAUGUGACUGAAACAGCUAUUUUAUCCAAAAAUAAUGCAAAAGAAAUGAGGACAUCAUGUGAAAAAGAAAGGAGUGAUCAUGAUAAACCUGAGUCACUUGGUGGCUCAUCAAAACUCAUUUCAGGAAAUAAGGAUCCUUUAGACCCUAAAAAUUUUGGAACAGAUGCAGAUUUUUCUGAUGCAAUAAAAGCAUAUUGCAACUUGCCUGGGUCAAAAGUUGCAAAGCUACCUAGAAUAAAGAAACUAAACAAAGCCACCCAAAAGGAACAGCAGAAUAUUCAAAAGGAAAGUCAGAGUCCAUUAUUAAGUGGGGAAAGUGUAUACAGGAACAGAAUUGCUAAAGAUGCAAAGAAUUCCCAUAGGAGAGGUUUUUCUCCACCAAGAACAAGGGGGUCACCUGUUAAGCCUUCAGAGCCACAAAGUUCUGAGAGAUGCGCAUCCCAAGAAAAGUUAUGCUCAAAACCCUCAAGGUCUCAUAGUCCUCCAAAAUCUAUGCCGCAAACAGGACCACAGGGAAAGACUCCGCAUGUAAAAGUUGAUAGGAAUCUUUCGCCUCUGAGAAAUUCUGAUAAAACAAGAUUAUCACAUUCAAACCUAGAAGGAUUAGUAUCAGAAACUAAGAGCGAUGGGAGUCAGCUCUUGAAAAGAGAUGGAUUGCAAGGGAGAAUAGGACAAAGUGAGCUGCAACACAGAAAUAGGAAAGAGAGAAAUUUAAGACCAAGGGAAAAAAGACGUCCAAUAUCUCCAAGUCCUGAGAGACCUGCAACUCGUAGCAAUGUACAUUCAAAAGGAAGUAAAGCAUAUGAGAGAAGCAGGAAGAGAAGGAGAAGUUCCAGCCCAAGAAGAAACAGUCCCUCUGUAGACCCAAAAGGACAUCAAAGAAUAAGUUAUAUGGAAAGGCCAACAAAAAAGAAAAAGGUUAAUAGUAAAGUAACUCACCGUGAGAUCUUUGGGACAGAUGAUGAGUCAGAAGAGUCUCAUGAUCAAAGACUGUAUCAUCAAUCAAGCAAAGAACAAGCCAGUAGAAGAAGAAUGAGCCAAAGACUGAGGAGCAAAGAGAGAAAUUCUCCAAAAGAUAUUCUUGAGUCUUCAGAAGAUGCAAAGAGAAAGUCUCAUAAGAGAGAUGUAAAGAAAGCCGAGGAGGAGAAAAAAGACCUAGUUGUCAAAGGAAAAACACUUACCAAUGAUAAAAAAUUGACAUCUAAAGUUCUCCCUGUAGAUAGGAAGCUUCUGCAAGCAGAGUUACAUCAGUUAGUUGAAGGAUGUCAUGACUCUGAAAAAGAGGAAGGUGAACUUGAUGAAGAAGAAGAGAAUGUUGAGGAAUUGAAUAAAAAUCUUUCUAAAUCAUCAGAAAAAGUGAAAAGCAAAGAGACCAAUGAUGAUAGGCAAAGUCUCAGAGCAUUUAGGAAACGUUCAGAUUGUGGUAAUCAAAAAUGUGCUUCUGAAGGUUUAAGCAAGGAUGAGAAAGGUGAAAAAUCAUCUGAAAUUUCUUCAAGUAGGGGGAAUUCAGUCAAUAACAUCAAACAGGGUAAAGAUAAUUUACAGUUCACCAAUAGUAAAAAUGGCUUAAAAGACUCUUCUUGUAAUAGAAAGGACCAGCACUUAAUUUCUGAAACUGCAAAAUGUGUACCAAAUACUAAUCACAUAGCUAAAGAAAGAAAAGCUAAUGUUUCCCAUUCAAGCUCAAAACCAUUGAAGAACUUAAUGGAAGAAGAUACUACUUUUUACCCUAAUGACUUAUACCAAAUAAAAGGAGCUGAUUAUGUCACAAAGCCCAGUACGUCCUCUGGUAAUCGUACAUCAGGAAGCGAUGAUACCAUCGACAUGAUAAUGAAAAAACACAAUGAAAGUUGGCCUCAAGAUGUUGUGAACUCAAGUGAUGACUCUGAAAUGUCUCUGUUGCAAUUUAUUGAUGAUAAAACAGAUGGAGAAGGUGAAAGACAGUCAAGUGAUGAGGAAAACAAUGAUCAGGUCAGAGAAAUUAGUAAUCCUGUAGACACUAUAGAGUUCUUCAGGUCUUUUGAUAAAGGGAUCAAUUCAAAAAAUAGAAUUGAUGAUGAUCCUUUGUCUACAGAAUCUUCAGAGAAAAUGGGAGAUUUUCUAGGAUCAGAAUCAGGUAAAAAGUUACCAGAAGAAAAUUUAACAGAGAGUGAAACAAAUAUAAAAGAUGGUUGCCCUCUAGAAUUAGAUUUACAGUUGAGUAAUUCACUACCAUCACCUGGAGAGGACAAUGGAAAAAUAUUCCAAGAAGAAGAAAAUAAUCUUGAAGUGGAUACAGAAACUCAGAGCUCAGGAGUAACCAAGAAAAAUAAAUUUUGUAUGUCACAUUUUGAGUUUAACAAUCCUGUAAGAUAUUCUGAAAGUUACCAUAAAAAUAGAGAGAUGACAGAUGGCUACAUUGAUGAGGCAUUUAGCAGAAAUAUUCAGGAUCCAUGUCUUGACUUUUCAGAGGGUUCUUGUAGUUUACCACAGAGUAGUCAGUCUGAUCUCCAGGAUGAAAUUCAGGAUGGACCAAUUAAUUUAGCCAAAGAUGUCUUGAAGAUUUCUCAAUUGCCUUUUUGCAAAGAAUCAGAAGAUGCUCACGUAUCUUCGAAUAAAGAUACUGAAGCAUUGACAAAUUUGCCAUGUCAAACAAAUUUAACACCUUCAGGGUCUCCACCAACAGAUGAAGAUUCAGACAGUUCUGAUUCAGGAAGUAGUUGCAGUGGUUGUAGCAAAUGUGGCAAUGAAGAUAGUGAUAGCAGUAGCAGUGACAGUAGUGGAAGUAGUGUUGAUUCAAAUUCAAACCUUGGUGGUGGAGGAGGUGGGAAUUUAGGCCAUGAAGAACAAAUCACUUACCCUCAUUUUCUUGAUGGUGCAAAAUCACCAAACAAAUCUGGCAGAAGAACUCCAGUCAAAGCAAUUCACCAGAGUUCCCAUAAGUCUCCAAGAAAAACUCCUUGCAAAACACCACGGAAGACACCUUGUAAGAAAACCAAUAACACUCCAGCAAAGUCUUCCCCAACUUUUUCAAGAAGUGUAAAAAACUGCAGGAAUACGGAUGCAUCCAUUAAAGAAUAUAAUGAGUUAAAAAGGGAUGAAUUGAGCUCUGCCUCCAAGUCUGCAUUCAGUGAAAGUGUUAACCAGAUUCCAAAUAAUUUCAACAGGAAACCUUAUGUAGAUACAGAGUAUGUUGAUACAAAGACUCCUCAAGAGAAUGUUAAAAGUACCAUGUUUGUAGAACAUGAAACAGCUCAAAGUACAUCAGCCAAAAGUUUACCAGGUGAAAAUACCCAGUUAACUCAUUCAUCUUUGAAAGUUUCAUCUGAACCAGUGGCUUCUACGAACUGUGUUUUAGGUAAAAAAAUAAAGACAGUAAACCUUGGAAUUACCACAAAUGCUACCCUUAUCAAAGUUGUAAAUGAUGAAAAUCCAGAUUGGUCCAGACCUGUCACACCUGCCAAAGAAGUGGAAGCAUCUUUUCAAAAGCAAAAACUGCCCCAAAUGAACUCUGGUCAAAAGGAAUGUCCAAUUGCUAUGUCACCUGACUUAUUUGAAAGUAAGAAUGAAUUUAUCUCAAAUAACUUGAAAUCUUCUGGAAAAGAAAAAAAUUAUGUUGAAAUGGGGCACAGUAGUAACAGAUCAGAAGAAGAAACAAUUGUCCGCAUAAAGAGGAAAAAUGUUCGACGGCAGUUAAACUUGGGUUUCUCUACUUCAGAAUCUUCCCGAGUUAUGGUUACAUCUGUAAUGUCAACAUCUCCUCAGAAAUCUAAACCAAACUGCUCCCCAGUAAAAGGUCAGCAUAAAGAACAUGAUGAUAAAACCUCUGUUAAAAGAUGAGAUUGUUUAAUUGGUCAUCACAAGUGUUAGUAAUGUUUCACAGUAUCAUCUUCACUUUGUUAUUUUUCCACUUACUGUAUGUAUGACCUACCAAAACACACUGAAAGUUACAUUAUUUUGGAGUAUUGCUAUUCUUAUAGAGUACGUAUUACUAUUACCAGCUUUUGAAAAACUUCAAAUGAUCAAUAUUGAAAAUAUGAAGAAACAUGUAUAAACCCCACAUUUUACUAAGUGUACUUUGUAAGUCACAUCACGCUUGGGUUUUUAAAAAGUGCAUGUCUGAGUACAAUUUAUUCUGUCAUAAUAGGAACAAAGAAGAGAUGUGUUAUAAGGGUAAAUUUGAUUUGAAGAAACAACCCAUGAAGUUCACAGAAUACUAAUCCGGCGAAAAGAAAGUUUGGUUUCCUCUUGGGUGAUUGGCAUUCAUGACAUAUCUCCAAUUGAGACUCUUGCCUUUUGUUCUGAUUUCUUUUGUCUUUUUAAUUCUCAUAGUGCAUAUAGUUUUUAUAUAUUUCCCUGAUAGAGUAAAAACUAUGUAUAUAUGCUAUGAGAACUGAAAAGACAAAAGAAAUCAGACCAAAAGGCAAGACUCUCCAUUGGAGAUCUGUCACAAAUGUCAAUCACCCAAAAGGAAACCAAGCAGGGAGCAUUUUCUUUUCAUCUGAUUAUUUGGUAAAUUUCAGGGGAUGUUUCUUAUAUGAUGAAAUGUUUUUAUAGCAAAAAUCAGGUUUUUGCCUGUCAGAGUUUCAUAAUUAUUACAAAAGAAGCAUAUUUUUUAUUUUACUGUUUUCUCAAAAUUUAUGCAUUUCAAAAGUAAACGAGCAUACCUCAAAGAACACUGAACAAAAUUCAAUGAAACUCAAACAGAUAUAUAUUAUUACUAUAUAUCUUUGGUCUCACUUUAGGAAAACUGUUUUUGAAUCCAACUUUUAUGUAUAUUAUAUUUAUGAAAAAUGAAAUAAGAUUUUUUUCAAUUAUAUGUAAAAUUUAUAAACUGAGGUGUUGAAUUUUGUAGAAAAAUCCUAUUUUGAAUGUCAACUAUUUAUUAAUGGUCUCUCUAUUAAAACAAUGUAACGGGAAGAAAGUUGGAAUAAUGUUUGAAACCGUUUGGGUUUUGGUUUUAUCUUUUCUUUUAUUGAUUUUCUCAUUUCCACUACCUACUCUCAAAAAUGUUAGUUAAAUAUAUGUGUACAUGCUUGGAAUAUAAAGCAGAAAAUCAUUAAAAAAAUUGGUUCAUAUUUUAUAUACUCAUGAGGGGUAACUAAUAACCAUUUUGUUCUGUUCCCUAUUAAUAAAUUUAAAUUUUGGAAAAAGAAAAUUGAACUGUAUAGUCACACUGUACUGGAAAAUUUUAAAUGAAAAUAAAGAAAUUUCUUAUGUAGGUAAUAUCUUCAAGCCUGUAAAACAUUAAGUUGGUUUCAAGUCUUGAAUGCAGUAGUUGUCCAUGUAUAUGAACUUUCAAGAUAAUUUUGUUUUAUCUCCCCUCAUAGACAGGACUGACUUAUUCAAGUAUUUGUAGGUAAUAGAAUUUUUGUGUUAAACCUUGCAGUGAUGAUAAGGAUUAAAAACAGAGGGAAUAGAUUUUAUCUGAAAAACUUGUUAUGAAUAUUGCAAUUGAUCUCUUACCUCCUGAAUCUUUGUGAUCGGGCAUAAGUCAGUACCUUCUUUACAGCAUAGGCCGAGAGGAAGCCUUGAAAAAUACAAUACAUUUCUGUAUAAACAAUAUUAAUUCCAGGCUUUUCUAAUGAGUGAUUGAGAACAAUUUCUCAUGAACAGUGUGCCAGCAUAUGGUCCCUGGACAACUGCCCACAGUGUCAGUUUCCUUAAAAUCGCCUUGGUUUAAAUAUAGAGUUGCUAAGUAUCAGUUGAAGAAACCAAUUUGCCUAAAGUGAAAAGUGAUUUGGAGAGUGAGCUUGUUAGUUUGAGGUGGUAUACAUUACUUUCUAUGAUCCUUAUUGUGUGAUUCAAGAUGUUUGGAAAGAGGCAAUAACAAUAAUUAGAUCCUGUUAAGGCAGUCAUGCCUUUAUCCAAAUUCUUUUAGUAUUAUUUACAGGCCUAUUCCUUUUCAAAUAAAUAGUAUAUAUAGUCUUUCUUUAACCAUGCAACUGGAAAUUUUUGUAUUUCUAUAAUUCAUUUUGACUAUUGGAUGAAACAUCUUUGUUUUUUAUUAUACUUUUCUUUGAUACUGUGAAACAUUUCUUUAUAUUGUAUAAGGUUGUACAGUCACUGUUUAUGAGAUGUUUACCUUUUCAACAUUAAAGAUUUCCUUUCUAUCAUAGUUUUGUAUUUUCUUAUUGUACAGUGCAGUAUGUUAAUGCAGUAUAGUGGCCAAUGCAAAUAUGUACCUGAACAAUAAUAUUAAGAUUUUGUAAUAUACUAUCAUGCUUUUGUAAAAAUUGUAAU